CCGAAUCGAACCCCCAAAAAUUCUAUCAGUUGCCCAGUAAAAUCUCAGGAAUACCCAAAUACACAGAGGAACAAAUUCUAGAUGUCCGGGAUGGAAAGACUACAAAGAAUGUUUGCCGGCGCCGGCGGCGCUCUUGGACACCCGCCGCCGGAUUCUCCGACCCUUGAUACCUCCGAACAAGUCUACAUCUCGUCUCUCGCUCUACUCAAAAUGCUCAAACACGGGAGAGCGGGAGUGCCGAUGGAAGUGAUGGGGCUGAUGCUGGGGGAAUUUGUGGAUGAGUACACGGUGCGCGUGGUGGACGUUUUUGCGAUGCCGCAAAGUGGCACAGGGGUUAGUGUGGAGGCCGUGGAUCAUGUUUUCCAGACCAAUAUGCUCGACAUGCUCAAGCAAACUGGCAGACCUGAGAUGGUUGUUGGUUGGUAUCAUUCACAUCCUGGUUUUGGAUGUUGGCUUUCUGGUGUUGACAUCAAUACUCAACAGAGUUUUGAAGCUUUGAAUCAAAGAGCAGUAGCUGUGGUGGUGGAUCCGAUUCAGAGUGUUAAAGGGAAGGUGGUGAUUGAUGCCUUUCGUUUGAUUAACCCUCAGACCAUGAUGCUUGGCCAAGAACCACGCCAGACAACAUCCAACCUGGGGCACCUCAAUAAGCCAUCUAUCCAAGCUUUGAUUCAUGGUUUGAACAGGCAUUAUUACUCCAUUGCCAUAAAUUAUAGGAAAAAUGAGCUUGAAGAGAAAAUGCUUUUAAAUCUUCACAAAAAGAAGUGGACAGAUGGAUUGACCCUGCAGCGGUUUGAUGACCAUUCAAAAACAAAUGAGCAGACAGUUCAGGAGAUGCUAAAUCUAGCUACCAAAUACAAUAAAGCAGUUCAAGAGGAGGAUGAAUUGCCCCCGGAGAAGUUAGCUAUUGCUAAUGUGGGAAGGCAAGAUGCCAAGAAGCACCUCGAGGAGCACGUCUCAAACUUGAUGUCUUCCAACAUUAUUCAGACACUGGGAACGAUGCUAGACACUGUUGUCUUCUAGAGUCAAUAAACCCAGUUUCUCGAGGUUGGUGAAACCAAAUUUGAUAAGAUUUGUUUUUUCUUGGAUUCGAUCAACACUUUCCAAGUACUGGGUGAGCUAAAUUAUCUCAUACAUAAUUCCAUUUCAAAUUUGUCAUGAUUUCUGUUGUAUUUAUUCUGUUCGGGAUAACUAGUUGCACUCACCUAUCAUUAGUAAUUUGUACAAUCUUUGGAUGAAGGUUUAUUCAGACCAUAUUUGAAUUAUUGACCAUUGACAUCUAUGAUGAAGGCAUUCAUAGUUA